CCCAAGAAUAUUUUUGUCUGGGCAAGAAUUCACCAUUUGCUACUUUCCGAACCACCCGUGCACGCUACCCACUCGCCGCUCUAUCUAAACAAACAAAGAUAUUUUCCUCCCAAUAUAAAAGCAAAUUCCAGCUCUUCUCUCUUGCACACUGGUUUACUUGUUAGCUUAGGGUUAUCCAUGGACAGAACGGCUCUGCUCCGCUCUCUCGCCUGCAACAGAUUCUUCUUCCGCUCCGCUCGCCGCCUCUCUCGCCCUUGUUCAUCCCUUUCCUCUCGUUCCGCCUCGUCUUCUGCCCCAAAACGGCACCGUUUGAUUCCCGAUCGCAGCAGCAGACGAUCCUUACUCCGCCAGAGAUUGGCGUCGUCCGCCUCUUCUCUUAACUUCAGAAGAAGCUUAUCCUCUCUCUCUCCCCGCGCCGUCUCCACUCCCCCCGCUCACUCUUCCUCAGAGUUUAUAGGAGUGCAGGAUGAGGUUGCGGAGAAGCUCGGGUUCGAGAAAGUGUCCGAACAACUCAUCGGAGAGUGUAAAUCAAAAGCUGUGCUUUUCAAGCACAAGAAGACCGGUGCGGAGGUCAUGUCGGUGUCGAACGACGAUGAGAACAAGGUCUUCGGCAUUGUCUUUCGCACGCCUCCAAAAGAUUCCACUGGGAUUCCACACAUAUUGGAACACAGUGUAUUGUGUGGGUCGAGAAAGUAUCCUUUGAAGGAACCAUUUGUUGAAUUAUUGAAAGGGAGCUUGCAUACUUUUCUAAAUGCAUUCACCUAUCCUGAUAGGACUUGUUACCCAGUUGCUUCCACGAAUUCAAAGGAUUUCUAUAAUUUGGUUGAUGUGUACCUGGAUGCUGUCUUCUUCCCUAAAUGUGUGGAGGACUUCCAGACUUUCCAACAGGAGGGUUGGCAUUACGAGCUCAACAAUCCUUCAGAAGAUAUAUGUUAUAAAGGUGUUGUUUUCAAUGAGAUGAAAGGUGUCUAUUCCCAGCCUGAUAAUAUAUUAGGGCGUGCCGCUCAACAGGCUCUUUUCCCAGACAAUACUUAUGGUGUUGACAGUGGAGGUGAUCCUCAAGUUAUUCCCAAACUGUCAUAUGAGGAAUUCAAGGAAUUUCACCGUAAAUAUUACCACCCCAGCAAUGCCAGGAUAUGGUUUUAUGGAGAUGAUGAUCCAAAUGAGCGCCUACGAAUCUUGAGUGAGUAUCUAGACAUGUUUGAUGCGAGUUCAGCUCCCAAUGAAUCAAAGAUUGAACCACAAAAACUAUUCUCAGAUCCAAUCAGGAUUGUUGAGAAAUAUCCUUCUGGUGAAGGUGGGGAUCUGAAGAAGAAGCAUAUGGUAUGCCUUAAUUGGCUGCUCUCUGACAAGCCCCUAGAUCUGGAAACUGAGCUUACCCUUGGGUUCUUGGAUCAUCUUAUGUUGGGAACUCCUGCUUCUCCAUUAAGGAAAAUCUUGCUGGAAAGUGGCUUAGGAGAUGCCAUAGUUGGUGGUGGGGUUGAAGAUGAGCUCCUUCAGCCUCAAUUUAGUAUUGGAUUGAAGGGUGUCUCUGAAGAUGACAUUCAAAAGGUAGAAGAGUUAGUCAUGAGUACACUUAAGAAUUUAGUGGAGGAAGGUUUUGAUGCAGAUGCUGUGGAGGCGUCCAUGAAUACAAUUGAGUUUUCUCUCAGGGAAAACAACACUGGAUCAUUUCCUCGUGGCUUGUCGCUGAUGCUUCGGUCCAUUGGUAAAUGGAUAUAUGACAUGGACCCCUUUGAGCCAUUGAAGUAUGAGAAACCCUUGACUGCCCUUAAAGCCAGAAUAGCAGAGGAAGGCUCUAAAGCUGUUUUUUCUCCUAUAAUAGAGAAAUUCAUCUUAAACAAUCCUCAUCGAGUUACUAUAGAAAUGCAGCCUGAUCCAAAGAAAGCUUCUCGUGAAGAAGAAGCUGAGAAAGAAAUUUUAGAGAAACUUAAAUCAAGUAUGACAGAGGAAGAUCUUGCUGAGCUAGCACGUGCUACACAGGAGUUACGACUGAAGCAGGAAACUCCUGACCCACCAGAAGCUCUGAGAAGUGUCCCAAGCCUCUCUCUACAUGACAUUCCAAAAGAACCUAUUCAUGUUCCUACACAGGUUGGAGAUAUCAAUGGAGUAAAAGUUUUGCAGCAUGACCUCUUCACAAAUGAUGUCCUUUACACCGAAAUUGUCUUCAAUUUGGGUACACUGAAGCAAGAGCUUCUCCCCUUGGUACCACUUUUUUGCCAAUCAUUGCUAGAGAUGGGUACAAAAGACCUGACAUUUGUACAGCUUAAUCAGUUAAUUGGAAGAAAAACUGGAGGGAUCUCAGUUUUUCCAUUUACAUCAUCUGUACGAGGCAAGGAGGAGCCAUGUAGCCAUAUAGUUGUUAGAGGCAAAGCCAUGGCAGGACGUACUGAAGACCUAUUUAACCUGGUUAAUUGUGUUCUUCAAGAAGUCCGGUUUACAGAUCAGCAACGGUUUAAACAGUUUGUGUCCCAGAGCAAAGCAAGAAUGGAGAACCGGUUAAGAGGUAGUGGUCAUGGAAUUGCAGCUGCAAGGAUGGAUGCUAAGUUAAAUGUUGCAGGGUGGAUUUCUGAAAAGAUGGGUGGUGUCAGUUACCUGGAAUUCUUAAAAGCUCUUGAAGAGAAUGUUGAUCAAGAUUGGGAUGGAAUUUCUUCAUCUCUUGAGGAGAUUCGCAAGUCCUUACUUUCGAGGAAUGGUUGCCUGAUAAAUAUGACUGCUGAUGGGAAAACCCUCACGAAUUCAGAAAAGUUUGUUAGCAAGUUUCUUGAUUCACUUCCCAGCAACUCACUUCUUAAAACGGCUAGUUGGAAUGCUCGGCUUCCUUCAGAGAAUGAAGCCAUUGUGAUACCUACGCAGGUUAAUUAUGUUGGAAAAGCAGCUAACCUUUACGAAACUGGCUACCAACUUGAUGGGAGUGCAUAUGUAAUUUCAAAAUACUUAAGUAAUACAUGGUUAUGGGAUCGUGUGCGAGUUAGUGGUGGGGCUUAUGGAGGCUUUUGUGACUUUGAUACUCACUCAGGAGUAUUCUCCUUCUUAUCGUAUCGCGACCCCAACUUGUUAAAGACACUUGAAGUAUAUGAUGGAACUGCGGAUUUUCUCCGUGGGUUGGUAAUGGAUGACGAUGCUCUCACAAAGGCCAUCAUUGGAACCAUUGGCGACGUGGAUUCAUACCAGCUCCCCGAUGCCAAAGGUUAUAGCAGUAUGUUGCGCUAUUUGUUGGGAAUCACGGAAGAAGAAAGGCAAAGAAGACGUGGAGAGAUAUUGUCAACCAGUCUGAAGGACUUCAAGGAAUUUGCUGAUGCAAUUGAGGCAGUUAAAGAUAAAGGUGUGGUGGUUGCAGUGGCAUCUCCAGACGAUGUUGAUGCUGCGCACAAGGAAUGCUCUAACUUCUUUCAAAUAAAGAAAGCUCUCUAAGACCUCAAAAAAAAUGCUGCGAGGAUAGGACUUGCACGAUUCCCCCCCCCCCCACAGGAAUGAGAUGUAGUCCAAAAGAGUUCCAAUUUUUUAUGCAGAAGCAAAGAUUUUGUGAUAGUUGGUUACAGGAAAAUCGUUUGUAACGCGGAAUUUGUACCAUAUCAGGGCAUUGUGAAAUUAUUAACAUUCAAAUUUCCAAAUUUACAAAUAAAACUUGCUUAAAUAGUCUCGAACA